GUUCUCUUAUUUCUUUUCCAUAUUUCCACUGAGCUUCCCACAUACAACUCGUUUCCCGGUCAUCAUUUUUGGGUUGACAUCGGUCACUUCGCCGAGUGGUGAACGAGUGCCUACCUUCUGGUUAUUCUUUUCUCCCUUGCCGUCGACGGUUGUUGCUGUCUUGGUGCGAGUUUGAGUAUUUGUGCUGCUGCUAUCCUCCACGCAGCUUGCCUUUCGGAUUCUUUGUGCUGCUGCCCUUCACGACCUCAGGAAUGAGUCGAUUACAGGGACAAAAACGAAAACAGACAGAUUCAAAUUCUCCAGCUCAAUCUCUGACGGAACAAGAACGUAUACUCUAUAAUGUGAUACGAAGCAAACAAGAUAUGGGCAUCUGGACACGAGACAUGAAAAGAGAAACUAACCUUCCAGACAAUGUGGUUAAUAAAUCACUAAAGGUACUUCAGGCCAAGAAUUUGAUAAAAGAGGUGGUAAACAUCCAAAAUAAGGGGAGGAAGCAUUACAUGGCAACAGAAUUUGAACCAUCAAAGGAAAUCACUGGAGGGGCAUGGUAUGUUGAAGGGAACCUUGAUACAGAGUUUAUACAGAUUCUGAAAGAGCAGUGCACAAAGCAAAUAUACAAGCUGAAAGUUGCCACAUUAGAGGGAGUUACAGACUCUAUCAAAAGGAGUGGAGUCUUGAAUGUUGAGUUAACAAAGCAGCAAAUUGAUGAAAUUUUGAAGGCGUUAGUUUUGGACAAUGAGAUCAUAGAACUUAAGAGUAAUGGCAUGGGUGAAUUUGCUUCUAUUCCAGUUGGCAAAAUUUGUUAUAAAUGCAUUAGUAAAGGGAACAUUGGAGGGGAACCAAGGACUGGGGCAAUGGCUUCUAUACCAUGUGGAGUUUGUCCACGGAUACGUCAAUGUACACCUGAUGGCAUCAUCUCUCCUCAAACUUGUGUCUACUAUAGCAAGUGGUUGGAUUUUUAAUUUGAUUGUUUCAGCUAAAAAAAUUCAGGCAUGGUUUUGCAUAUUUAAUCACCCCCAAAGUUUCAUUUAAUGGAUACCAUCAAUAGUCUCUUGAGUGAUUGAAACAUUUAGUAUGGCUUCUUGAGAGUUUUCUCCCCAUUUUGUUUUUCUGUAUUUAUGGUUGAUUGGAAUGCAAUGCUAUUAUGCCUAUCA